UGGGAAAAUAUUGGAAAAGCUCUAGAUUCUUCUACAACAACAACUAUUGCGACAACAUGUUCAAAAAUACUCUCAUUGAGCUACAAUCACUUGCCUCACCACUUAAAGGCAUGUUUUUUAUAUUUAGGGGUUUUUCCAGAAGAUAAUGAGAUCAAUGCUAAUGAACUUUCAAGGUUAUGGUCUACAGAAGGACUUGUCAAGGCAUCCGGGAAUGAAAACUUUGAUGUAGUGGCUGAAAGGUACAUACAAGAACUUAUGGAUCGAAACCUAAUUCUUGUGAGAAAGUGGAGUUGUUGUGGAAGAAGAAUUAAAGUGCUUGGGGUGCAUGAUUUAUUGCAUGCGUUUUGUGUGAACGAAGCUCAAAAGGAGAACCUUCUGCAUGUUGUUCGAGAAAAUGGUUCAGAUUUUCCUCAAAGAUGCUUCCGUUGGCUAAGCAUACAAUCAUCAAAUUUUGAUGUGUCUACACUAUCUUAUUCAUCAAGAAGUUGUCGGUCCAUCUUCUGUUUUCCAGAAUGCACAAGCUUAAAUUUGGAACAGUUCAAGCUAUUGAGAGUGUUCUUCUUUAUUAGCUGGGAGAUGUACCACAAUAUUGUGGAUCUCGUCCAUUUGAGAUAUUUACCUCCAAGGCUGGAAGGUGAAAAUAUUAUUGAACUGUUCAAGGCUUGGAAUCUUCAUACACUACAUACUUCUGCAGAUGAUAUGAUAAACUAUUUGGAGUUUCCACAACUGCAAUAUUUUAGUUGUGAUUCUAUUACGGGACAUCCUCCCAAAUUUGUUCAUCAAAACUUGCAGAGUCUUUCUUGGUUGAAGCCUAAACAUUGCACAAAAAAAUUCUUUAGACGUGUCCCAAACGUAAAGAAGAUACGGAUUUGCGGUGAAUUAAAAAAGUGCAAUGAUUGCAUCAAGAACCUUGUCAGUUUACAGCAGCUGGAGAGAUUGUAUAUUUGUGCUAAUAUACGGUCUUAUAAGAGUCCAAACAUGAUCGAGAUUAACAGCCAAAUUGUUCUCUUGAAAAGCCUUAGGAGGCUACAACUUCGAAGAAAUUGUUUUGAGUGGAAUGGAAUUAAUGUUCUUUGCAAGUUGCCUAGGUUGGAGGUGCUCAAGGUAAGUCGUGCCUGUGUAGGCAAAGAGUGGGAGCUACCAGAGGAUGACAAAUUCUGCCAGUUAAUUGUUUUGCAAAUUGGUGGAACUGAUCUCAAGGAUUGGAAAGCCACUGGUGAUCAUUUCCCAAAACUCGAGCACCUCUCCCUUUUUUGGUGCGAGAAGUUGAAAGAGAUCCCUAGCGGAUUUGCAGAAAUUUCAAGAUUGAAAUCUAUCCAAUUAAGGGGCUGCCUUCCUUCUGUGGUGGCUUCAGCCCAAGAAAUCAAGGAAGAACAAUUUGAUUAUUUGAAUAAUAUUGUUGAUGUGGAUGUAGUUGUCGCGGAGCAACAUGGCUACUCUCUGGUGGUUUCGGAGUCUGAGUCUUAUGAAGCUUAGUUUGAGGGAUGAAAUUGAGUUGUGCCAGAAGAGUAGUGAAGGAAGAAAGCUUGAGAAAAGAAGACUAGA